UAUAAAAUAAAAAAUAAGAAGUUGGUCAUAAUUAUUUGGAGCACCUUACAUUUCUGUAGCUUGUUACAUCACACAAUUUGAUGUUGAUGUAAUGUUGGAUAUUGUCCGUGAUUUGCAGAUAAGCAAUGAGCAUGGGGCAGAAGGUUUCUGGAGGCAUCAAAACAGGAACCAAUCGAGAAUCUAACUAUAAAGCAUUGUGUAAAGAAAACAUGGUGUAUAAUCCCGACUAUCAAAAGCCUAGCCGGCUAGACAUGUUACUGGACAUGCCACCACCGCCAAAGGAAGUCCAGGUGGCUCAUUCCUGGAAUCCAGAUGAUCGAUCUCUUAAUAUAUUUGUGAAGGAGGAUGAUAAGUUAACAUUUCACCGUCAUCCGGUGGCACAGAGUACUGACUGUAUCAGGGGUAAAGUUGGCUACACUCGUGGACUCCAUGUUUGGGAGAUAGUUUGGAGCACGAGACAGAGAGGAACUCAUGCCGUUGUUGGUGUAGCCACCGCCGAGUCCCCCUUACAUUGUGUAGGAUAUCAGUCUUUGGUAGGGAGUAACUCAGAAUCAUGGGGUUGGGAUUUAGGAAGGAACAAACUGUAUCAUGAUGGAAAAAAUAAUCCUAUAGGACUGACCUAUCCUAGUCUAUUGAAUUCAGAUGAAAAUUUUGUUGUUCCAGAUAGUUUUCUUACAGUUUUAGACAUGGACGAAGGCACUUUAAGCUUUGUGGUAGAUGGACAAUAUUUAGGUGUUGCAUAUCGUAAUUUGAAAGGCAAAAAACUUUAUCCCGUUGUCAGUGCCGUUUGGGGACAUUGUGAAAUAACAAUGAACUAUAUAGGUGGACUUGACCCUGAACCUCUUCCUUUAAUGGACAUUUGUCGUAGACAGAUUAGACAGCAACUAGGCAAAAAUAGACUGCAUGAGAUACACAAACUUCCAUUACCAAAUACCAUCAAAAAUUAUUUGUUGUAUCAGUCAUAGCGAUUGGUCACUUGUGUCGGCCAUUAUCAUUGGUCAACAAAUUUUCUCAUUUCUCUGUGUGUCACAUUCAUAACUGUUGUGCAUCAUACCUCAUUGCUGAUGUGUAGAAGGGAGGUAAUUCUGCCAGAGUCAAAGGGAGAUUACUUGUAAGAAUGAUUGUGUGCAAUGGUGCUUCUUUGGUGAUGUUAUUUUUGUAGAUUAAUCAUACCAUUUGUAAAUCAGAAUAUUCACAGAAGAACAUGUUGUUUCUGUGUCUGAGUGAUCAUUCAGAUAUUGAUACAUUGUAGAGUUGUACUGAUAGAAAUUAAUUUUUAUGUCAGUAAAUUAAAUACUAUUUUAAUACAUUUAAUUUUAAGGAAACUUUAUUAUUUUCACUAUUGCUUUUAGAGUUCACUUUAUAAACUGUUUUGCAUGAGCUGUUCAAAUUUUAAGGAUUUCUUUGAGCAUUUUUUUUAGAUUAAUUAACUCCUCUUACAAUUUUGAAAUGUUAUGGAAGUAAAAAUUGAUUUUGUAUUUUACACUUAUAUUCUUAUGAGACAAAUGUAAUGGCUUUGUCUUGGAAGUGCUACAUUUAUUUGUACAUUUACAAUUUGUCUUUGCAAAUAUUUUUUUUUAUAAUGUUUUGUAAAAUAUUGUAAAUUUGAAAAGAAAUUAGUAAUAUGUCAGUCACUCUGGGUCGGCUUCUAACAAUAGUGUGUACAUUUUUGUUUUAGUACAUUUUAAAAAGUUGUCUUUUUUUUUGCUAAAAAUGAGAAAGGGAGAAAAACCAUACAAGUUUCCAACAAGAAAGUAAUGUGUAAGAACAUUUUUGAAGAUAAUUAAAUGUAGGAUUGAUAAGUACUAUUUCAAAACCAAUAAAUCAGGUUCCUAGGAGCCAAGGAAUGAUUUUAAACCAUGUGUUAAUGCACUUAUACAUUAAUAAAACCAAUUAGUGCUUAACAAUUAAGGACAACAAUAAAAUAAUCAAUACAUGAUAGAAAUUUAAUUAAAGACCAGAUGAAUAAAUGGAAUUGAGGCAAAGAAUAGCAAGAUAUUCCCUACUGGAAAUGCAUUGGGAUUGUUCUUUUUGUAGGUAGACUGGUUUUAAAUUUUAGUUUGAAAGAAAGAAGUGACAAAACAUUUUGUAAGGCUAAAACCACCAGCAACAAUAUAAAUCAAUCUUGAUUUAUUCAAUUCUUUAAGAUUUGGGGACAAAUCAAUUGCAGGCCAAUUAAUCAUCAUCCCCGUAGUCAUUACUGAAAUUGCCUGUUUGCUAAAAUGUUCAAUUAUGCUUUUGCAUGUAUAUAUAUGUAUGCAUUUAAAUGUUUGUUUGACUUGACAACAUUGUUAAGUUUUGUAAGACAGGGCAUAAUGAAAAAAACACUCUUUCCUUAAAGAUGCUUUUUUUAAAGUGAGGAAUAAUAAUAUGACUGUUAAGAUUCCCAAUCUACUUUGAUUUCUAUGUGCUCAAGAAUUUCUACCCUUAAUUUUAACAAUUACACCAUUUAUGAUUUAUGUGAAAAGAUAUAACAAAUACCUUUCUUCCCCUGACUUGUUUGUCUCAUUACCAUAAAACCCCAUUCACAGAGGAUUUUCCCUUUAUUGAUGCUCCUUUAAAGUUAUAAGUGAUUUUUUUUUGUAAACAUUCUUUUAAGAAAUAUAAUAUCCAUCGAUGCUCCUUUAAAGUUGUAAGUAAUUUUUUUUCGUAAACAUUCUUUUAAAAAGCAGUUUUCUUGCAUUUUGUACAAUUUGUAUAGUUCAUAAAAAUAAUUAAAAAUUUAAAUGUUAGUCUGAUGAGAAUCAUUGUUGUAUUUUAAAUGCUCUUUUUUUUCUUUUAUUUCUAAUGUGAAUAUAUAGGUUUCUUAUUUUCUAAUUGGUACAUUUUUUUUAGAUAAAUUAUAUAGCUCUAAUUUUUUACCCUGCUUGCUAAAUUAAUGUUACUUUAGUGUACAUGUACAAAGAUUUUUGUGAUAGCUUCGUAAAUUGAGUUGCGUCCCUUUGGAUGUUUGGUUUAUGUGUGAUACAUUUUUAAAGUAUUCCUUAUAUUAUAAACUUAAUUUGUAUAUAAUGGUUAAAAGCCAGAUUGCUUUGUAAUUUAUUGAUUAAUAUCCUAGUCAGGGAACUUGUAUGAUAAAAAUGCCUUUUGACUAUAAACUUUUAUACGUACAUGUACGUUGACAAAAUACUGGCUUAUCAGUAUUGGGAAUAUCUCAGAAGAGGGCCUUUAUUCAAGGGUCAUGAUAUAUCUUACAUGAUUCUCUGAAAUUUUCCUUAGUUUGAAGAUAUAAGUCAUGUGAUUUAACUUUAAAUGAGUGUGACAUUGUAUUCAAAGACUUACCACAAUGUCAAACUGGAGUUGAGAAUUCCGCCAUUUCUCUUAAAAAGACACAGCAACUUGAUAUUUUUUCACAAGAUAGUGCUGUAUGUUGUACAUGUAAAGUAUAGCAUGAAUACAUGUAAAGAAUCAUGUGUAAAACGUGAAGCAUUACAUGAAUGCAUACAGUGUUAUAGGGGUAAAACAUGUGAAGCAUAUGUGAAACAUUUAAUACAUGUGAAGCAUUACUAUACAUAUGUGGUAAUAUAUUUUUUUUUAUGGGAUACAAUACUGUCACUGAGAUAAGAGUUACUAUUUGAAAUAGGUUUUCACAUAUCUCAUUACUGUUAAUAAGCAUAUCUUCCAUUAAUGUAAAAAAACAUAAGAUGAUUUUUCUAUUAAAAUUCAAUUUGAAACACUAAUUUCUCAGUUUUCAAACCUUUCAGUAAAAGUUUAAAAGAAAUUUUGAUCCCUUGAAAGUACCUCUACUUUUUGUCAUCUAUUAAUCAGAAACACUUUUGAUUAACUCUUUCAUAUCAUGCCAAGAAUAACUUUGGUUCUGAAAUUAAUUUUUGAUAUCAUUUAAUCAUGACAUGAAAAGAGACUUGUAUACUGGUUUGAUGCAAUACAGACAUACAGUUAUGUAGAAAUGAUUUUAUUUUUGUUUCUGAAAUAUGGAAUCCUUUUUUUAGGCCAUAAUUAUAUAAAUUCAAAUGUCACAUGCAAAAUAGAGAGGAAUUAGGUUCAAAAGGGGGAUAAGAGAAACCAUUCCUGUUUAUUUGUUACUUCAUUAGGAAUUUUCUGUAUACAGCAUGUACAAUUUCAGAUGUAAUUUUCGAAUUAUUCCCAAGAAUACUAAGAAAAGGUUCAGACUUAAUCAAUUAGAAAAUGUAUCUGCUAACAAUACAUACAUCAUAUUUUUUUUAAUGUACAGUAUAUUUAUAGACAUAAUUUAAGGUCACACUGAGUCAGGAAUGCAAACAUCGACUCCAAUUUCAGAAUUAUUAAUAUAUUUGAAAUUGCUAUGCUUUGAAUGCUUUAUGAUUUUAAAAAAUGAUGUAUUUGAUCUGAUUGUUGCCUAAAAAAUCUGAAAAGGGGCACCUGUAAACUUAGUUUAUUUAAUUGAAGCCAGUUCUAUCAUCUACAUGUAAUUUAUGAUUCUUGCAUGAAAUAUUAACUUGACAAUUUUUGGGCAUUCAUCAUAGUUGUUAGUGAUUAGUUGUGCAGGGGACACUUAUUUAACUUUGGGAUACAGAUAAUUAGGGAGAGAUUUAGAAGGCAUUAAUUUUGACCAAUAUAAUAUAAACAGAAUGUUGUUAUAAACCACAUAUUUGAUAUAUGUUUAAGAUUUUGAUGAUUGAUUUUUCCCAAUAGAAAAAAAAGAAGAAAGUAAACCCACUCAGGUCUGUGAAACGGCCAAGAUCUUGAAUCUAAUAUUAUAUUUAUUCUAGAUAUCAGGUUGUUUAAUGGAGUCAGUAUUUUUAUAUGUAAAAUUGUAGAUCUCUUUUGUGUUAACACUCAUUUAAAUAGUUGCCUGGAUGUUAUACAUACAGGAAUCAAUGGACUAUUUUUACUGCCUUGUAUUUGCAAAAUUGUUUAUUUUUGUCACAUCAGAUUUUGGUACAUCUAGAGGUUUAUAUGUCAAGAUUUCUGCAAUGAUUUGACAUAAUUAACAGUGGCUUCAACAGUUUUAAAAACCUCUGACUUUCUAUUGAACCUAAAGUCAAUUACCCUGGGCUGGUGCAGUAAUGGUCACUGUACACAUUUGUAAUGAUGCAGAUGACCAAAUGAUAUUAUUAUUUAGUUGAGUAGCCUUCGAACUUAACCCCCUAAAAUAUCAGUAAAAUAUUUUUGUGAUAAUUUGGUUUUCUUUUUUUGUAUCCUAUAUAAAUAAUUUUGUAAAUAGAGAACUUUAUUGCAAUGACUCUUCAUUGAAAUGAUCUUAAAUGCAGUAGUUGUGAACAGAGUAAAAUUAUUUGAAAACAAAGUGUUUUAUAAAGUCUUAGCAAAAGAAAAACUUCAACUUUUGUAAUAUUGGAUCUUUUUCUUUGAAUAGGACAAAAAUGAUGUAAAUUUAUUCUUUCAUCUAGAUACAGAUAUGAAAUAGUGUAAUAUAUUUGUGGAAUAAAAGUGGGAAAUAAUUCACAGCUUUAAAAAUAUCUAGAUCAUAUGGAUGUCCUUAGCAUUGUUCAAACUGUUUGAAUAAACAUGAAUGAAAUUGCACACAUUUUGUGUAAGAAUUAUGCAGAAUGUUUAAAGCAUUUUCAUGAACAAAGGACUAUACUUGUUAUAAGCAAUAUAAUUUAUCAACAGAAAAGAUCUCUGAAACUUGAUAUUAGAUACUUUAUUCUUAUUUUAAAUUGAUUUGUGAUGUUGAGGAAAAGAAUUAUAAAGCUGUAUAUGAAUAUGAAAUAUGCCUGUAUGUUUUAAGAAUUUUAAUCAAUCAUAGAAUGAAAUUUUAAAAGACGAAGGCAAUGAAAGAUAAUUGUUUUAGUAAUAAUUUAUAUUUAAUUUACUGGUCUUGGUCAGCUUCAAGGUUUUGCUGGCUGACUGUUGCUUAAAAGUUUAUACAGUCAAGAAAAAAUUGACUGAACAAUUGGUUAAUUAUUUGUGAUUUGAAGAUAUUUUAUGCAGAAAAUAAAUAGAUAAAAGGAUUUUAUUCAGUUUACCAUGUUUUUUUAAAGCAUUUUUGAACACUGAAAAUAUUCAUCACCUUUUAUAUAUAUUUUUGAGCUAUAUUUAGAAUCCACUUUUAAUUUUGCAUGUGACAUUGAUGUGGUCUCUAUUUUUGGUUCAUUGGUAAAUUCUAUAUUUUAAUGAUUUAUUUUAAGCAAUCAAAUUUUAAGAUGUAGUAUUUUAAAUAUUAUUUAUUGUAUACAUGGAGUAAAUGUGUUAUGAAAGCUAAAAAAUCAUGAAUUCAUGUCACAUUUGUGUAUUAUUAAAAAUUUGAAACAUUA